UUACUCGACGAAGGUCUUUUGAUAAAUACAGGAAGUUUGCAAGCUGGUUGACAAUAGCCAACUUUAUGAAUGCAAUUUUAGCCAAAAAAUGGGCCUCGUUUCGUAGGUAAAUGUCUCUUCCUAAGAAGUAAGAUCAUUCAAUAGUCAGCACUGUGUCGCCUCUCAUUCCCUUUAAGAAGCGAUCUCGUAUUUGUGUUGGUCGGCUCCUCUGACGCGCAGUGUGGGACUAGCCUCGCAAAAGGCUGUAAUUUGAGAGUUCUCUGAACUCACUCCCUGCAACUUUUCAGCCACGUCACCCUUCUACAAACCUUAUGCGAUUUAAGCAGUGGGAGCGAGCGAUGCAGACAAUUUAGGAAAUUGUUUACGUUUGCGCUUUGGAGUCGGAAAUAGAGUCGGAACUACUUUUUUUGUCUGCAAAUCUUACUUUUGUUCCGAUUUUAAGUUGAACAUUGUAGGUUAACGAAGAGGAUAUUGGGUUGUGGAUACUAUUUAAUUGGCGAUACAACUCUUUUUUUUGGCUAUUGCAUGGCAACAUCACUUUAAGGACACUUUGUUUUGUGUUCGUGGCUUGCAGAAAUUGUGUGUGUUCGCUUUUGUAUCACUUUUGCAUCAAAGAAAUCGAGCCAGAAUGAACAUUUUUCGUCUUCUGGGUGACAUGUCUCAUCUUGUUGCCAUCAUCAUACUGUUUCACAAAAUUUGGAAAUCGAAGUCAUGUUCAGGUAUUUCAGGGAAGAGCCAGGUGUUGUUCGGACUGGUUUUCACCACCCGCUACUUGGACCUGUUCACCAGCUUCAUCUCAGUCUACAAUACAGUCAUGAAGGUUGUGUUCCUGGUUCUGGCCUACGCGACGGUCUACCUGAUCUACCUCAGAUUCCGGAGCUCCUACGACUCUGAGAGCGACUCCUUCCGGGUGGAGUUCCUCCUGGUCCCUGUGGCCGGGCUGUCGUUCCUGGAGAACUACGCCUUCUCCCCGCUGGAGAUCCUGUGGACCUUCUCCAUCUACCUGGAGUCGGUGGCCAUAUUGCCCCAGCUCUUCAUGAUCACCAAAACGGGGGAGGCAGAGUCUAUCACCACGCACUACCUGUUCUUCCUGGGCCUGUACCGCGCCCUCUACCUGGCCAACUGGGUGUGGCGGUACCACACGGAGGGUUUCUUUGACCAGAUCGCCGUGGUUUCCGGCGUGGUUCAGACCAUCUUCUACUGUGACUUCUUCUACCUCUACUUCACCAAGGUGCUGAGGGGUAGUGGUAAAAUGACCCUGCCCAUGCCAGUGUGAGGAGCUUUAGCCCCAUCCCCACUUUUUUAUGACGCUUCAGUCCUGUCCAAUCACGGUACCACAUGUUCAGAUCAGUCCCACCCACCAUCACUGCAGUGUGUUACAUACCCUCUCAAGACUCUCCAGUUAGUUUACCGUCUUAUUGGUGCUGUGUUCUGUUGGGUACGAUAUGUGUACCUGCUUUCUGAGUCUCUGUGGAAGAAAGAGUUUUUCUAUUUACGUGUGCAGUUGUUUCUUGUUUUUUCCUUCCUAAAAUGACCAAAGAAGUUAGGCCCUGUUCUCCUGUUGGGCAGUGUGAAAUUACAGUUCACAUCCAGUGUAGUGAUGCUGGAGAGAGAAUUCCAUAGUUAGUUUUGCAGAUUUAAAUCCAGUUUCACUGAAUGCUGUCCAGUUUCUUUUGUUCUUCAAAAUACAUUUUCACAAGUUCUUUUUUUGUUUUUUUAUUAUCUUCCUAGCAGAGUGUAUACAUGCAUUGUAAGACGUGUGUGCGCCACUCCAGUUCUGUCAGUUUCUGUUUACUUUAGGUCUGGUCUGCCCAGUCCUGUUCCUGGUGAUCUACUGUCCUGCUGGUUUUCAUUCCAACCGUAACAACCCUAAAGCAUGUCUCAUUCAACUGCUAGAGAUGCUGUUGUGCUCAUAAUUAGUAGAAACCUUUGUGCCAAAUUAGGGUUGAAUUGAAAACCUACAGGAUGGUAGAUGCCUACCCUGUGUAGGGAAGAAUACAUUUCCUGCUUCAGUGUUCUUGGAUGGUCACCUAACACCUCAAUCAUACUAAAUGAUCAAGGGGGGUUAGGAAGCCCAUACUGAAUUAUCAAGGGGGGUUUACUGUAUGCUUUGCUGGCAAUGACCAUUUGGUUUCCUUGGUCACACCAUAUGCCUACAAAAUAAUCUGUAUUCGUCUGCCUGUCACCCAAUCAGGGACAGGUACCUGCAUUUUACUCCAGGAGGUUUGGGACAUAAAAGCUCAUUCCUUUCUAACAUGAUUUUGAACUGCCUUGCUUUUACCCGGUAUGCUUCAUACUGUAACAAGACUAUUUCUGCUAUAUUAACACAUUGUUGUUAUCCUGAAUAUCGGACUAGAAGUUUUACUUCACAAAGGACCAAAUUCCUACACCUGCUUUAGGCUAUUCCAAGUGUUGUGUGUCUCCAUGUUUAACGGGUGUGUUUGUGCGAGUGUUUGUGCAAGUGUGUGUGCGCAGGCCUGUUCUUAUUCCUAUCUAUCUGAUUGCGUUGCCAUUGUGUUCUGCACUCGGCAACAGUGCUGUACAGUGGAGCACAGUGGCGCUGUUUUUGUACAUGAGGGGCAUGUAAUUUCAGUUCUAGUUCAUGGAGGACGUCUCUGUUACUGUACGGUCCUUUUUGUAGCUUUCAAGCCACCUUCUUGCACCUCCUCCCCCUUUUUAUAUUGGUUGAAGGUAGUUUGUUAAAUCUGUGUUUAUAAAUAAUGAAAUAUAAAACAUCUGCAAUGAAAAGAUUUUGCAAUUAAAAGAUUUUGCAAUUAAAAGAUUUUGCCAUUCUGGCUUCUGACAAUUGUGGAUGUGUCUCAAAUAAUCACCAGUGUUUGGAAGACACAAAAGUAUAUGUUAAUAAAAUGUGGUUUGAGCCUUUACAAUUCAAUAAAAUAUGUUCAUACAAUGAUCUUAAUAUAAGUAUGCAUUGUGUAUUUUCUUGGACCAAAACCUAAAUCUUUAUUAGCAGUACACACUCCCAAUAUCAAAGUGUAUUAGGUUAACAGAUCUAAUAGAAUAGAUGUUAUUUGCUACAUUAUUCUGUAUGCGGUUUACAUGAUUGAUCCAUUUGUACAAAGACAGACUAUUUUCCAUGAGAGUAGAAACUAUAAGAAUGUUUAAAGUACCUUGUUGCAUUUGAGAUCUGUCAAUAAAAAAAUGCUUUAAAUAC